AUGGCGGUCCGAAAGGCGUUACGCAAGAGGCAAGAAGCCUCUAGAACUCUCCAGAACGCUGCUAAGCCUCACGGUUGGUGCCAAGUAGCAAAUAGGCCUCGCUCGACUUCGAAGCCAAUGCCGACUAGAUUGAAGGAGGACGACAUCAAGGUAGUUCUGCGACUCAGGGGAGGAUUGAAUUUGCGAACGGUAAAUCACAUAGUUCUCCAACGAAGUGUUUCCAAGGAGGCGGAAAUAGACGACAUCGCACUAUUUCGAACCGACAUCUUUAGGUACAACGAGCAGGAGAAUACGCUGAUCUUCAGCACGCCCGACGAAACUCGAGCGGGAAAACUCAAUUCUAUCCAAGGCAUUGAAGUUGACGGUCGCCAGUACCCCGUAGCAAGCGGAAUUGAGGAUGUUCACGGUUUCCUUAACGGCCUACAAACCGUGAACCUGCAAGUCACCCCCGUCGGUGAUGCCCUCCUGGAUCGUCCAAGCAUUGAAAGGCCCAGUUCUGUGACGUCGGUUAACGAGGAUAGAAAAGCUUCACCGGCAUCUUUCCUCUUCAGUGGGCGAGGCGAUAGCAGCGAGGACAGUAUGCUCAACCGCUGUCUGCUUCUUUCGCAGGUAUGUUACCUUCAGAACGCUCAUUGUGUACGGUCCGAUAAUCGCUUUUUACUGCUAUUUCCUCGCCCACAUGGAUACGAUCACGGUAUUUGUUGUUUUGUUGACCUGUGCUCUCAGCUGGUGUAUUGCAUCAAUAGCCUUCUCCUUAGUGGAGACGUUGAAACGAAUCCAGGACCACCAAAAAAAGACAGCAAAAAAACAAAACAAGAUAACGUAGUUUCGGUUACAGAGGACUCGAGGGCUGCUAAUUCGGGUGAGAGCGAUAAUGACGGAAGAGAUAUCGAGAGACAACCCACAGUUUCGGAUAUGUUUGCUGAAUUGCUGGCUGGCCAGAAAAAGAUGGCUCAGGACAUAGCUGAAAUCAAAUUAUUCCAACAGUCAGUUAACUCCCGAUUUGACGCUCUUGAAGCACGAGUGGCUGCCCUCGAGUCGCCUUCUGUCACGCCAAGUGUCCCUUGUACAUCUUGUGACAAUCUGCUUAUAGAGCUUAAGUCAUUGUCUGGUGUGGUAGACAGACUCGUCGCGAGGAAUGACGACAUGGAAAACCGCUCGCGCAGAAAUAAUCUAAUCUUAUAUGGCCUCACCGAAAGCGCAGACGAAACUAGUGAGUCAUUACUCUCUAACGUAUCAAAAAUAUUCUCGGAUAAACUGAUUAUUGACUGCCCACGUAUUGAAGGGUGCCAUAGAAUAGGUCGAAAACACGACGAUCGUUCACGUCCUGUCAUUAUGAAACUCCUUGAUUUUCGCGAAAAAAUGGAAGUAUUGAAAAAUUCUUUCAAGCUUAAGGGUUCAGAUAUUCGUAUAUCGGAAGACUUCUCUGUUCAUGUCCGUUCUGUUCGAAAGAAAAUAUGGGAAGCGACGGCCUCUUUCCGUGACAGUGGCUCCUCCGUUCGCCUUCGAUAUGAUCAUGUGUUCAUCAAUAAUGAGCGAUAUAAUUGGGAUGUUAAAACUAAUACUCUGGUUAAGUGUUCCGACUACUCCGCCCAGUCUACUACCACCGCCCCAUCUACUGGUGGUCGUUGACUCGGCCGCGGUUUAAAAGACGGUUUAAGUGAAAAUCUUUGUGUCUUGAAUGUUAACGCCAGAAGUUUAGUAAACAAGUUCCCCG